GAUGCCAGGAUAAUUACCUGAAAAUACAUUUUGAUUCUUAUUUUCCUUUUAAUAUGAGAUAUAUAAUUCCGGCAGCGUUUGGUGGAAGGUUCCAGGGGAAGUUUCGGAAGCUGGCGGCAUCCACAUUUGACGUUUGACCGAAACCCAAACUAAAUCAUUCUGGGAUCGAAUUUUGGGCGCAGACGCGGCAGAGAAGCGAUUCAAUCAAUGGAACUCCUCUCUUUUGCGUUGGGAGGCGUUGGAUUCAUUCUUGUCGGAGCACACGAAGCGCUUAUUCACGUUUCCCCAUCCAAACAAUCCCCAAUCUCUUCUCCGCCCAAUUCCCAAACCAACAAACUCUUACUUCCGAUCUCCCUCGCAAUUCUCUCCUCAUUUUUCAUCCUCAACUCCACAGUGUCCCUUCUCAGCGCACACAACUCAAACGACGCCGUCGGCACCGCGCUUCAGCUGCAGGUCCUCCCCAUCGCGUUCAUCUUCCUCUUCUACUCCCUUCUUCCUCUCUUCUCUCUUCCUUCGCCGUUGCACGGCCUCGUUGGCCUCUUCGCUUUCGCCGAAGAGUUUCUCCUCUUCUACCUUCAGCGCAAGGACCCCAGCGGCGUCGAGAACCGUUAUUACGAUCUCUUGUUGGUUCCCAUCGCAAUCUGCCUUUUCUGCACUCUUCUCGAUGUGGGAUCUCCGCGGUCAACUGUUCCCAAACUGGGCCGUGGCGUGGGCCUGAUUCUCCACGGAACAUGGCUUCUCCAAAUGGGCCUCUCCCUCUUCUCGGGCUGGGUGGCCCAGGGGUGCUCUCUGCACCGAGUGAGCAGAGGGAACUACACGCUGAGGUGCAAGGGGCACCCGGAGUAUCAUAGGGCCAGGGCCAUAGCCACUCUUCAGUUCAAUUGCCACCUCGCGUUCUUAGUGGUGGUUCUUGUUGGCUUCUUCUCCCUUGUUUGCGCCAGAAACGGAGGAAGCACCGAUCUUGACUCUGUUUCCACGCGGUACGCGCCGCUCGGUGCUGAAUUGCAGAAUAUGCAGGACUCGACAAACUUCACUUUGGACUCUGAUGAAGAUGAUGAUAGUGGCAGACAAGAGGGCCACAAUGUGGGUAACGAGAAAGGAGUUGCUAUGGAACAUGCUGUCAACGGUAAUGGGGGAGAAAAAGACACUAUCGUGGAGUUCGACAGAGACCAUGGGGGAAAUGGGCUGCCGAAAUCCGUGACCCUAAAAAGGCUGCUAGAGUGUGGCUUGGCACUUUUGACACGGCAGAGGCUGCAGCUGCUGCUUAUGAUGCUGCUGCUUUGAAGUUUAAAGGAUCCAAAGCAAAGCUCAAUUUCCCAGAACACGUUCUUCUUGCUUCAAUACCACCUUCACCUUCUACUCAAAACAUAAACAUUAACAGUAAUAACAGUUAUGCUUCUUUUUCUUCACCUCUUACACCACCAGUUUAUC